AGCCAUGCAUUAAUACGCAGUCGAAUAUUACGUGAAAAUGGAAAGUAUAUUCCUAAGCAGUCAUUUUUAGUGAGGAAAAGUUAUUUCAAUAAUGAAGAACGAGGAUUUUUCAAAGUGGAAAAGAGGGAAUCACAGGCUAAAAAUCCAAUGACAGGUAAUAUUAAUAAUUACUUAAGUAUUUCAUCAUGAUUAAUGUUAAAAGAAAAUUUGAUGCAAUUUUUGUCAAACUAUUUGAUCAUGUGUCAUAAUCAUGUAUUUACUCUAUUGGUUUUAUUUUCAGAUCCAUCUAUGAUGACUGAUAUGGUAAAAGGGAAUAUAACCAAUGUAUUACCUAUGAUAAUCAUUGGUGGUUGGAUCAACUGGGCAUUCUCAGGAUUCUUAACAAGUAUGUUAGUAUUUAAGUGGGUUAAGUAUUCUUAUAAGGUAAUGUUAGCUCUUAUUCUAAGGGUAUUAGAUGUAAAUUUAGAAGAUAGUUAAAUAAAAUAUAAGGCCAAGGCUCUAAGCUUGCUAUCAUACACACCCAACCCCAUUCAUGGUGAGAGUGUUUAGCUGAUUAAAACCAAUAUAAAAUGUAUGGUGGCUGCCAUCCUUGUAGUUUUUCUGUAAGUAAUUGUUCAGUUGGUUAGCACUCUAGUUUUCCUCAGUGCAGAACGAUUAACAUAGUGUCGCUAAAUUUAUCAUUGUAUCAUUUGCUUUUUUUCAAAUUAGCCAAAGUGCCGUUUCCAUUAACCUUCCGUUUCAAGCCAAUGUUGCAGAGAGGAGUGGAGCUCAUCACUUUAGAUGCAUCAUGGUAAAAGUUUUAGUGUUCAAUUAGGAUUAUAAUCUAUUUAUAAAUGGUCAAUGGUAGCAAAUAACUUUUGUCAAAAAUCACUGUCAUUAUUAAAAGGCCCUCUUUGAAACCUUUGAUAGUUCGGUUUUCAUUUAUUUGUUUGUAAAUUAAUUGAGGGAAUAAAUCAUAUUGAUAUGAAAACAUUUUCCUUUAAGCGUAAUUGUAAUGCCUACCCUUUUUGAUUUUACUGUUGCAGGGUCAGCUCAGCCUCCUGGUAUUUCCUCAAUGUGUUUGGUUUGCGAAGCAUGUACACACUCAUAUUGGGUCAAGACAAUGGUAAGAUUAAUGUUUAAAACUAUUUACUAUCAAAGACAUUGGGUUUAGUUUAUGUAUUCGAUAAAGUUUAAUUAGUGAAAAUGAUAUAUUUUGGCUAGUUGGUAGUUGCUUAAUUAAUCAACAAACUGUCAUAAUGACAGAUCAUCAGCAGUUAUGGCUGCUUCUGUGGUGUGAUGGUCAAUUUAAUCAGCCAGUAAAAUCAAUACUGAAGAACUAAUUUAGAUGAUAAAAAGAACCCAACAGUCUGUUUGGGCGUGAGCUGAAGAAAGAUAGCACAACAAUAGCAUAAUUGCACUCAUUCUAGAAAGGUCAAUGUCAUGAGUCAUAUUCAACAUAGCUCACAGAAUUCCAACAUAAAUAUGGCAAGAUUUCUUAUCCAAUUCACUCUCGGAAUAUCUAUAUUUAUAUGGGUCCCUGGAUUCAUUUUCUAUUAGUUUUGAGUAUUUUAGAGAUACAUAUCAAUUACUAAAAAAAUAGUUGACACCACAGCACGUUUGUAUUUGAAAAUGCAUGGUUUCAAAUAAAAAUUUGAAAGUUGAAAUUUUAGUGUUUUUUUAAUACAUUACUAAAAAAAAAAAUUUUGAACAAUUUGCCAAUUAUGUCUGGAGUUAAGUACAUGAUUUAUGGGUUUUUAAAAAUUGUUCUUUUAAAUUCAAAAGAUUUUUUUUUCUGCGAAAAGGCAUGAAAUAAGUUAACUUAUCUUGGUGACAGAGUAUAAAUGUAUUUAUCUAUGUGUAUCCCUUUCUCCAAUUAGCUGCUGAUCAAACCAAAGCAAUGCAAGACCAGAUGUCAGGCUCUGCUAUGAUGGCACCUCCUGAUCCAAUGAAAGCUUUCAAAGCUGAGUGGGAGGCUCUGGAGGUAGCACAGCAUGAAUGGAUGCUGGAGGGGGUGGAGGAGGAGCUCACUGGGGGAAUUAUCCAGCCAGAGACAAUCUAUUUGAGAUCUAAGAAUUGAUGAAUGUUAUAACUUUUUUUUUCUCGCUGUCAUAAUCGGUGUUAUUACAACUGUUUAUGGACCCUUUAUGGUGUUAAGUAAUCCACAUUUUUUUGUUUAUUUCUUAAGGACAUGGUAUUUGUAUGUAUGUAUUUAAAAGUAAGGGUGAGCCUAACAAGUAUUUUGAAAAGGUCUUGUUGUCGUAAUAUUUCUAAUGUGACAAUAUUGUGUUCAGCAUGUGUGGAUUGACUGCUCAUGCCAGUCAGUAGAUUAUUUAUUACCAGCAAAAUAAUGAGUGUGUGAGGUUAUAUAAGUCUUAAUUACUUAGUUUUUUUCCCUCUCUAGAAGAACCCAACAGUCUGUUUGGGCGUGAGCUGAAGAAAGAUAGCACAACAAUAGCAUAAUUGCACUCAUUCUAGAAAGGUCAAUGUCGUGAGUCAUAUUCAACAUAGCUCACAGAAUUCCAACAUAAAUACGGCAAGAUUUCUUAUCCAAUUCACUCUCAGGAUAUCUAUAUUUAUAUGGGUCCCUGGAUUCAUUCUCUAUUAGUUUUGAGUAUUUUAGUGAUACAUAUCACAACUCCCAUCAUCGGGCCAUUUGAACUUGUGCUGUUUACUGCUAAAUGCAAAAAGUUUUCAAACUGUAGGUGACCUGUUAAUUUACUGCUCCUAGAAUAUCUCCUUUUUAGAAUGUUUGAAAGACAAAACAAGCUGUUGCUCACAACCAUUUCAGUAAUUCACAUUCACUGGCAUAUACUUUGUGUGUAUUUCUCAGCAUUUAUUUUAUUUCUUCACCUUAUUUGUAUAAAAUAGAUCACUCAUACUUUUUUAAUGUUCAAUUGCUCAUGGUUCAGUGGAUACGUGUCAAUGUGAAAUAUUUUUAAUUACUUGCAAUAUGUAAAUGUAAUGUUGGAAGAAAAACAAAAUCGAAUAAAAAAAAUGUUAAAAUCUAUUUUGUCUUAUAUGAGAAACAUUUUCUUAAUCUUUUGAAAACAAAUGUCAUGUCACAACUUAUGAUCUCAGUUUAAGUAUCUUAUUUUAUUUUCAUGUUACAAAAAAUGUAUCACAAUAUCUCUAUUGUACCGUUAUAUCCAAUAUGUUAUUAACAAUGAAAAGUUUUCUAAAAGGAGAUCAAAUGACUUGUAAGAUUAAGUAUUAUUAUAAAAAGAAUAGCUCAAUGACUGAUAUUAAUAUACAAAUUAUACCAUAAAUUAAAUCAAGCACAGAUGUACUCUCGUUUCAAUAACACAAAUUUGAGCAAAAUUACAAAUAUAUAAAAUCACAAUUUUAUUACAAAUUACAAGUAGCUUGAAACCCUUGUUCAAGCUUUUAUAAAACAGUUUUUAUCGCUAUCUAUUGAAUUUGAAAUGAUAAACCAUGCCCGUUUUAUUAUAAUUACAUACAUGCCAACCUGCAGGAUCAAAAACUACAACAGCAUGAAAAUCUGUACAGAAAAAAAUGAGAGGUCGAAAGAAGUACAAUUUAUAAAAAUAUUACCUUUUCAUUAAAUUAUCAAUGAUUUGAAUGCAUGCAAACUUAACCUUCCUGGUGAUUAUUUCUGGAUUAGUUUGAAUAGGCAAGGAAGUUUCUUUGUUAACUUUUCACGGUCAGAUAGAUGUGUUUGCAAUGAAAUUGGCAGAUGGAUCUGGCCCAGAGCUGUAGUGUGAGGAUCCUGGUAUACAUCGUUUUGAAAGCUGAUGACCAUUUAAUUUUAUUAAUUGUUAUCCCAGAACAAUAAUUACAACUUAAAUGACUGUUUUGCACUCAGCUAUAAGAACCUUUUUGAAAUUGUGGACUGAUCGUUAUUUAAAUUAAAAUGGAGUAAUACUGCACAAAGCUUAGUUCUUAUGACAUGGUGUAGUCUCAAUGGUAAAGUCCUAUCAGCAGUUCCUAUUUGUUAAAGUUAAUACGUUAAGUGGAUCUACAAAAUGUAUACAAGAAACACAGAAAUGAGUAUUAAUUUGAAUAACAGAAAUCUCUUAACAUGGAAAUGGAGAACAUUUCUUUGAUAAGCUCUUCAACUUCAAUUUGUUUUCAAAAUUAAACUAUUUGAAAUGUUAAGAUCCAUUUUUAAAAAAAAGAUUACUUGAAAAAAUUUUUGAUUAAUAUGUACUAAAGUGCUUUAAUUGUUUCCCGAAAUAAUUAUGAAACAAAGAUUCAUUAAUAAAUUUAGAAGAAGAAAAAAACAUAUACAGUAUAUAUAUACAUUUUAUAAUUUAAUUUAUAUGUAAUAAAAAAAUAGUGAGAGAUAAAUUUGAUCAAAUAUUUUGUAAAGUUUGAAUUACAAAAUUUUAAAAAAGUUUGGCACAGUGAGAGCUACCUGAAAGUUACAGAGAUCAACAUGUUAAACAAUUGAGAAUACCUGCAAUGUAUUUUACAUAGAAGAGUCCAUUUAUAAAAUAAAAUACAAUAGAUUAUAUAAAAUAAAUAAAAAGAUAGCACAACCAAAUACAUUUUUUGAUACAAGUUCUUAAUUUCCAUUUCAUAGGGUGAACAACAAUUUGUUUUUACUGCAGUGCAGAUUUCAAAAACAUAAAAUAGUGAAACAGAAAAAAUUAUUUAUUUAAAAAAAAAAAAAUAUUUAUGGUACAUGUGAAAGACAGCAUUAAAGGCCCUUUAUGCAACAAAAUAUAAUAUUUUGAAAAUAAGUUGGCUUUUUAAAAGAUAUAAUUAGAUUUAAUGUUGAGGUUUAUUUUAAAAACUGAAAAUUGAUACAAAUACUCUACCGGUACAUAGAAUGUCAAAAUAAAAACAGCGUAGAGUAAAUAAAUAAACUUCUUAGAAUUCAAAUAAAAAUUACAUUAAAAAUAAAUUGUAAACAAUUUGUUCAACAAGUCUGACAAUAUUCAAUACUUUUAUUGUUUUUUUAACUUGAGUGGCUUACAAAGUUCAGCCCUAUUUUAAUGAAUGCACUCAAAUGUAUCCAAUGCUAAGAUACAAUGCUACAAAUGUAGAGAUAAAAUCUUUAAGAAACAGUUCCUGGGUCCAUUGUUGCGUUGUUUCACUCUAUCCACCUGCGCUCAUUGGUCUUUGUGUUGUACUCAUACAAUUUACCUGUCACUGAAAACCAAAAUAAUUAAAUAUUAGAUCUGAGCCAGGUGCUCACCCCGAUACCGGAAAUGCUGAGUAUUACACAACAUGAAAACACCAGGACCUGGCCAAUGAAAAGGAGUCUGAGUAUUAAAUUAAAAUUGUAUAAUUUUUUUGUACACUUUAACCUGUGCCAUGAUUUGAAUUACAUAAUAAGAGAAGACUGACUAGCGAGUGGUGUGAAACUCAAUGUAAGCUAAAUGACACUGCAAAGUUCUGAAAAUAAUAAUAUACUUGUGAAAUAUGUGUGAAUAUUUGUCAUAGAAAGAUUAGUAUCUUUGGUUUAUGAUCACGACAUUUCCUGUUUUCAAUUAAUAUUUCAUUUUCACAUGCUGACUGAGCACCUAAGUAGUUUUUUUUUUUUUUAUAUUCACAACAUUGGUUGUUUGGCUCAAAAAAAUGUACCCAGCCAAUAGAUAUCCAAAAGUAUAAAUCUACCUUCGAAUUCUUUUUUAUUUCUUGAGAAUUAAGAACUAUAGUGCAUGCAAUAGGUUCAGAGAGUCGAAGUGACCAAAUAAGUCUUACAGAAACAUAUCUCAGUGUCAGUGAGUAAUAAAUUUAUAGUAUUACCUGGAUCCAUUGCCCGCCCUUCAAAUGCUCUGUUGUUAAUACUGUAUGGCGGGCUUGGCUCAUCGUUAGUGGUGAUCAAAAGGGAUCUUGGGCUUUUUGGAGUAUUCAGGGUAUUAGAUCUAGAGGAUUGGCUGGUCAAAGG